CUCGACCGCGCACGCUCAGGCCGACGUCCCCCGCUGCGUCAUUUUGCGCGCCGCCUCGCUCCCCGAUGCACCUCUUUUCCCGAAAGCCUAAAAGAUAGAUGUUUCGAUUUCAGUCCCUGGAUGACGACUGCACGCUGGAGGAGGAAGACGGUGGAUUGGUCGCAGAGGAAGAUGAAAUCGAUCAGUUCAACGACGAUACUUUUGGAGCUGGGGCCAUUGAUGACGACUGGCAGGAAGAACACAAACGCCUUGCUGGGCUCGAUGAGCAGCCUGCAGUCGGAGCUGAGGGAGGAGGAGGAGGGGGGAUGGGAAGAGAGUCAGAUUUAGGAGGAGUGGAGAACUCAUCCUCUACCCAUCUCCCCUCAUCUUUGGGCCAUCACCCCCUUCCAUCUUCCCUUCCUUCACUCAACUUCUCCUCGUCUUCCUCUGGACUUCCUCCACCAGAUGUCGAGGAUAGAGGAGGGGAAGGUGACUUGGCUGAGUCCCUGGCCAGACUCAUCCUGGAGGCAGACCCGGCCAUCGCUGGGGUCGGAGCCACUGAGAGGCCCUCUCCAUCGCUAAUCGCCACAGGAGCCAGCCUGUCCGCUCUGCACGGCCUGGACCGACCCAGAGUCCUGCAACAGCACUCAUCCAUCCCACAUCCCCACCAGCCCCCCCAUCACCACCAGCACCAACUGCCUCCUGGCCCCUCCACUACAGGCCUUCCUCCUGGUCCUCCUCCAUCAUCAAUGCUCAGCUACCAACAGCAGCAGCACUUGCUACGCAGAGGCCCUGCUCCUCUCGGCCAGAUGAACUCUCACAGUAUCUGGGAGAACAGUAUGGGGUUCGGGCCGGUCAGUGUCACCCCAGGACUGGUUACACACAUGGAGGAUAGUCCACUAAUGUCUAUAAUCAAAGAGGUGGGCCUUCCGAAAUUGCCGCCUCAGGGUCGGAACGAUGAAGGUCGGGAUUUGUCAGAGAGGGUCCCACCCCCGCGCUCUUCUUCCCCUGUGAUUGGCUCUCCUCCAGUGAGGGCCGUUCCUAUUGGGACACCACCCAAGCAGCCAAUGAGCCACAGUCUAAAUCAUCAGACUCACCAUCCUGCAGCAGUUCAUGUGAGAGCCCCGGUCCAGCACAGAUACCCUCCUCCUUUCCCCGAGCGUCUGUCACCCAACACCCUCCUCAAUAUAGCUAACUCUCCGCUGUGUCGCGGUCCGUUCCCCCCUGGAGUUGGUCCAGUUCUGUCUCAGAUUCAACGGGCCCAGUUGCUCAACUCUCAGGUGGCUGGUUUCCCUCGCGGCGGACCAUUGCUACCAGGUGCUGGAGGUUUCCGGCCAUUCUUCGGGGGUCCGCCUCCCCCACAUGGUCACCGAAUGGGCCCGCUGCCCCCUCACGGCCCCCCUAACCACACACCGCCCAUCCGGCACAACACCACCCACCUCCACCCUCAGCACCGCCGCAUGCUCACCCAGCGCAUGCAGAGCAGAGGAGGGGAUCGUGGAAGGACUGGAGGGGACCGGCGCAGCAGGGACCCCUACAGUAAUCUGAUGACCCAGAAGGAGAAGGAGUGGGUAACCAAGAUCCAGAUGAUGCAGCUGCAAAGUACCGACCCCUACCUGGAUGACUACUACUAUCAGAAUUACUAUGAAAAGAUGGAGAAACGUCAGGAACGAGAGCGAGACAGCAGCAAGAAAGAGCACACCACCAAACUCAUCACUCCGCAGGUCGCCAAGGUUGAACACACCUACAGACCAGUUCAGUUUGCAGGCUCUCUGGGUAAACUGACCGUUUCUAGUGUCAACAACCCCCGCAAGAUGAUUGACGCUGUGGUGACUACUCGCACAGAUGACGAGGAGAAAAGAGAGAAACAGGUUUGGAACAAGAGGCGACAGAUCCUCUACACUGUGGAGAAGAUGUACAGUUUGCUGCUGGAAGUUCAAGACUUUGAGAAACGUUUUGUCCAGGCGCCAGAGGAGGACAGGGAGGCCCUGCUGGAGCAGCAUAAAACCAACACAGUGCAGCUGUGCAACUCUCUGCGCGACAAGGAGUGGGACGACCGCGUAAGUGACGAGCAGUGUGUGAUGAUCAUGUCAGUGAGGAAGGGCAAGAGGCUCAUAUCCAGGCUCCUCCCCAUCCUGCCCUCACCCCAGGCCACCGCCAUUGUCAUGGCGAUUGCACGCAACCUUCCCGCCCUGGCCAAGAAGGACAAGCAGGACCAGGUGCUAUGCUGGUUAGUGGAGCCGCUGUCUGCGGUCAUCCAAUCCCUGUCGAGCUCCGCCCUCACAGACCUGCUGCAGGAGCUUCAAGGCAGCGAGGGCCAACUGGCCACAGUACUGCACAACAAGUUUGGUGUGACGCUGCUGUAUCUGAUCCUGAGUGAAGGAGAGCGGAUGCAAAGCUCAGACCCCAACUGUCAACUCAUGGACGACAAUCGAUGGACUGAGUUGGUGUUUUCGGUGACACGGGAGCUGCUCAGUGUUCCCUCCUCGUCCCUCUCCCCCCCCCUCUUCACCCCUGCCAACCUGCUCUCCCUCUUCUCACGCUACGUCGAUCGGCAGAGGCUGGAGCUGUUACAGAACAAGUUACAGAUCUCUGCUUUGUCUAGGUAGAAGAUACUACAGACAUCAACACAACCCCCUCCCCUCUCAGUGCAGACCUUUCAUUUUUGUGCGUGUCUUAGAGGAGUGAAUGGUGUGAGUGAGUUUCUGACGUGAACCCAUGGUGGAUCAUUUUAAUCCAGCAGAAUCUCCAGUCUCUUGUUUUUCUGUGUUUAGUCGUGUGUGUGUGUGUGUGUGUGUGUGUGUGUGUGUGUGUGUGUGUGUGUGUGUGUGUGUGUGUGUGUGUGUGUGUGUGUGUGUGUGUGUGUGUGUGUGUGUGUGUGUGUGUGUGUGUGUGUGAGACAGCGACAGCGACACCGAGCGCAUGAGAAAUGUACAGUCUGAAUGACGAUUAAAAAUGAAAUCUGCAUUUUUAAAUAUCUUGUUUACGAUUAUGCCUGUGACGAACCUUCAAAUUAAAAGUAUUUCUAUUAUAUAAAAA